UCCGCCUUCCGUCCGCCCCCCGGGGUGGGGUCGCCGCGCGCUCGCUGGCAGGAGAGGUCUCCGGGCCAGAGCGAGGGGCCGACUUUUCGGAGGAGACCGCAGCGCGUCCGCGGGGGUCCGGACUGGCGGCCGGGCUAGGGGGCGGGGACGGGGAAGGCAGCGCGAUGGCUGCCCUCCUCCUGCUCGUGCUCUUGCUGCUGCCCCUGCUGCUGCUGAGGCUGCGCUUCUGGCCGCGGCUGCGCUGGGUCGCGGCGGACCUGGCCUUCGUGGUGCGCGCCUUGCGCUGCAAAAGGGCUCUGCAAGCGCGCGCGCGGGCCGCAGCCGCCGCCGACCCGGAGGGGCCCGAGGGGGGCUGCAGCCUGGCCUGGCGCCUCGCACAGCUGGCUCGGCAGCGUCCCACGCACACCUUCCUCAUCCACGGUGCGCGGCGCUUCAGCUACGUGGAGGCGGAGCGCGCGAGUAACCGGGCGGCGCGCGCCUUCCGGCGCGGCGCCGGCGGAGCGCGGAGACGAGCGGGCAGCCGGAGCUGCAGCCGCGGCGCCGCUGGCACCUGGGGCGACCGUGGCACUGCUCCUCCCCUCCAGCCCGGAAUUCCUGUGGCUCUGGUUUGGGCUGGCCAAGGCCGGCCUGCGCACGGCCUUUGUGCCCACCGCCCUGCGCCGGGGCCCCCUGCUCCACUGCCUCCGCAGCUGCGGCGCGCGCGCCCUGGUGCUGGCCCCAGAGUUCCUGGAAUCCCUGGAGCCAGACCUGCCAGCCCUGAGAGCCUUGGGGCUCCACCUGUGGGCUGCAGGCCUUGAAACCCGCCUUGCUGGAGUGCACGAUGUGCUGGCUGAGGUGGCAGCCGAAGCGGACGAGCCGGUGCCAGGCUACCUCUCCGCCCCCAGCAGCCAAACAGACACGUGCCUGUACAUCUUUACCUCUGGCACCACGGGCCUCCCCAAGGCUGCUCGGAUCAGUCAUCUGAAGGUCUUGCAGUGCCAGGGCUUCUACCAGCUGUGCGGUGUCCACCAGGACGACGUGAUCUACCUGCCCCUCCCUCUCUACCACAUGUCCGGCUCCCUGUUGGGCAUCGUGGGCUGCUUGGGCAUUGGGGCCACAGUGGUGCUGAAGUCCAAGUUCUCCGCCGGCCAGUUCUGGGAGGACUGCCAGCAGCACAGGGUGACCGUGUUCCAGUACAUCGGGGAGCUGUGCCGAUACCUCGUCAACCAGCCUCCGCACAAGGCGGAACGCGGCCAUAAGAUCCGGCUGGCCGUGGGCAGCGGGCUGCGCCCAGACACCUGGGAGCGUUUCGUGCGGCGCUUCGGGCCCCUGCAGGUGCUGGAGACGUACGGCCUGACUGAGGGCAACGUGGCCACCUUCAACUACACCAGGCAGCGGGGUGCCGUGGGGCGCGCUUCCUGGCUGUACAAGCACCUCUUCCCCUUCUCUCUGAUUCGCUGUGACGUCACCUCCGGGGAGCCGGUUCGGGAUGCCCGGGGGCACUGUGUGGCCACAGCUCCAGGUGAGCCGGGGCUGCUGGUGGCCCCAGUGAGCCCGCAGUCGCCCUUCCUGGGCUACGCGGGAGGCCCAGAGCUGGCCCGGGGAAAGCUGCUGCGGGACGUCUUCCGGCCGGGGGACACGUUCUUCAACACGGGCGACCUCCUGGUCUGCGACGACCAAGGCUUUCUUCGCUUCCAUGAUCGGACUGGGGACACCUUCAGGUGGAAGGGAGAGAAUGUGGCCACAACCGAGGUGGCAGAGGUCUUCGAGGCCCUGGACUUCCUUCAGGAGGUGAACAUCUAUGGAGUCACUGUGCCAGGACACGAAGGCAGGGCUGGAAUGGCAGCCCUGGUUCUGCGCCCUCCCCACGCCUUGGACCUCGGGCAGCUCUACGCCCACGUGCUUGAGAACUUGCCACCCUAUGCCCGGCCUCGGUUCCUGCGGCUCCAGGAGUCUUUGGCCACCACCGAGACCUUCAAACAGCAGAAGGUUCGGAUGGCCAGCGAAGGCUUUGACCCGAGCGCACUGUCGGACCCGCUCUACGUCCUGGACCAGACCGCGGGUGCCUACCUGCCCCUCACCCCUGCCCGGUACAGCGCCCUCCUGGCUGGAGACCUCCGAAUCUGAGAACUUCCAUACCCACGGCGCCCGAGGAAGGGUCUUCGAGUGGUGCAGGCUGCUGCGGGUGUACCCCGGGCUGUCGGGGAUGUUUUAUUUUAUACACUGAUUUUCGCUGUUUUGUAAUAAAUGACGCUGAAGCCAG